AUGGCCAGAUCCACCAGCAAAAAGAACAAGUGCUCCAGAGGACAUCAAAGCCCAAUCUCCAGAAAGAAAUUACAUUCCAGCACCGACUUUGGCCAUAGAAAUUAUUCACUCUACGUAAACAGGGUCCUAAAGGAAGUGAUUCCCCAGAGGGGCAUAUCAUCUCACACCUUGGACAUCAUGAACACCCUGAUCAACGACAUCUUUGAGCGCAUUUCUAUGGAAGCCUGCAGUGUGAUGUGUUUCCGAAAUCGCUGUACCCUCACCCUUGAAGAUAUCCAAAAGGCAGUGUACUUGCUGUUACCUGAGAAGCUAGCUAAGUAUGCGGUGACUUUUGGAAGUGAAGCUGUCCAAAGAUAUGUCCACUCCUAA